CGAGGCGAGGCGCGAUCGCGCGCACGGCUGGAGUGAACAAACGGGACGUGCCGUACCGCGCGGCGGCGAUCGAGCAAGGCGAGGCAAGCACGGCCGGACCCGCAGCGGAAUGGCGUGGGGCUACUGGAGCGCGACUUCCGUCAGCGACCGGGGUCGGUCACCUCGCCGCGAGAAGGACAAACAGCACCAGAGCCUGCAUCAGCAUCAGCCACCGUCGCAGCAGCAGGAGAAGCAACCGAUGCACCAGACGGAGCUGUCCGCGCAGAGCGGUUACGCCAGCGUGCAGGAGCACGAGCUCAGCGUGUCCGUGCCCGGUAAGGGGGUCGCGACGGAGGAGCCACCGUGCAGCAUGAUGAUCCAGGGUGGAUCCUUCUACUCGUACUCGGCGGCGACGGCGGCGGCCGCGGCCGCGGCCGCCGCCGCGAGCCGUCGCAUCUCGACCGUCGUCGAGGGUAGCGGCCCGUCCUCCCUCACCUCUACCGGCAUCCAGGUGCUGCCGCGGGAGCGCCACGUGAAGCCCGGCACCAGCACGCACCCGCCGUCGCCGGGCAGCGGCGACUCGGCCGAGUACGAGCAGCCGCUCGUCGGCCACCUGCGCUCCGCCGACAUCUCGCCGCCCUCUUGCCUCGGCAGCCCGCCGCGUCACCAUCACUAUCAUCAUCACCACCAUCACGACGACAUCUUCGCGCAGCCCGGCACCUCGUCCAGGGCGACAAGGAUGCUCCACUGCCCACCGGACCCUAUCGAGGGUAUGGACGAGCUGUCCGAGGCCGAGCUCGAGGAGGUGGCGAACGCCGAGCUCAUUUACGGACCCGCCGUGACGUGCCGGGUGCACGGGCCAUGCAGCCAGCAGCAGCAGCAGCAGCAGCUGCCGCAGCUGCUGCCACUGGAGUCCACGCUCUCGAUGACGUCGCUGCUCGACGUCGAGCCCGCGGGCCCGUCGCAGUUCCAGUUCAACGAGAUCACCUGGGUUUUUCCGAACGUGCCGCCCGCCCCCGGGAUGCCGUGCCAGGGAGAAGACAGAAGCAUCUACAGACGUGGCGCACGUAGGUGGAGGAAGCUGUAUCGAGUGAAUGGCCAUAUUUUUCAGGCGAAACGAUUUAACCGGCGGGCGUUCUGCGCGUUCUGCCAGGAUCGGAUCUGGGGCCUCGGGCGGCAGGGAUUCAAGUGCAUCCAAUGCAAGCUACUCGUGCACAAAAAAUGCCACAAGGUCGUGCGCAAGCCAUGCCUGAGCCAGCAGCAGCAGCAGCAGAGCGCAGAGUCGCAGACCAUCGACAGAAACGGCGACCAACAGCUUGAUUCGUAUCCGGUCUCACUGAGUCAUCUCGAGGAUGAGAUCACGGAAUCGCCGAUCACCGAGGAGCAUUCGCGCGAUCGAAUCGGACGUGAGGAGGGGGAAGAACUGCCACUGGACACGCUGCACGAGGGCGAUACUUCGAACGACAUGCAACGGCAGUACUCAUUAAACGACUUCGAGCUGAUUAGGGUGAUUGGUCGUGGUUCCUACGCGAAGGUCUUGAUGGUGGAGCUGAAACGUACCAAAAGGAUUUACGCCAUGAAGGUAAUCAAGAAGUCCCUGGUGACAGACGACGAGGACAUCGAUUGGGUGCAGACGGAGAAACACGUGUUCGAGACGGCCUCAAAUCAUCCCUUCUUGGUGGGCCUGCACUCCUGCUUCCAGACGCCCUCGCGUCUGUUCUUCGUGAUCGAAUUCGUACGCGGCGGCGAUCUCAUGUUCCACAUGCAAAGACAGCGCCGUCUCCCCGAGGACCACGCGCGGUUUUAUGUAGCUGAGAUCAGUCUGGCGUUAAACUUCCUUCAUGAAAAGGGUAUCAUAUAUAGGGAUUUAAAGCUGGACAACGUACUGCUUGAUCACGAAGGACACGUUAAGCUCACGGAUUACGGAAUGUGUAAGGAGGGCAUUCGGGAGGGCGACAACACCGGCACCUUCUGCGGCACUCCCAAUUAUAUUGCGCCCGAGAUUUUGCGUGGCGAGGAAUAUAGCUUCUCGGUGGAUUGGUGGGCUCUGGGAGUCCUACUGUACGAGAUGUUGGCAGGCCGUAGCCCCUUCGACCUCACAGGCGCGUCCGAAGACCCGGACAAGAACACCGAGGACUUCCUGUUUCAAGUUAUUCUGGAGAAAACCAUACGUAUACCGCGAUCCUUAUCUGUUAAGGCUGCGUCUGUCCUUAAAGGAUUUCUAUGCAAGGAUCCCGCGGAAAGGUUGGGUUGCGGGAGGAGACCCUCCGGUUUCCUCGACAUAGUCGCUCAUCCGUUCUUUAAGGCAAUCGAUUGGGAAAUGCUGGAGCAGAAACAAGUCACACCGCCUUACAAGCCGCGUUUGGAUUCCGAUCGCGAUCUUGCAAACUUCCCACCCGAAUUUACGGACGAGGAAGUCCGUUUGACUCCGGAUGAUCCGAAACAAAUUGAGAAGAUCGAUCAGAGUGAAUUCGACGGUUUUGAGUAUGUGAAUCCUCUAUUGAUGUCACUGGAGGACUGCGUGUGACAAGAGCCACUUUUCAUUGUGCAGCGUCACAAUCAUGAUCAGCAGCAGCAGCAGCAGCAGUAUCAGCUGCAGCAGUGCUACAUGUAUGAGUUACAAGACAGACUCGCGAAACUUCGUAUCGAUCCCCUACUCCCCGUUGUCGGCUCAAGCAAUCAAGGUUAUCACAAUAACGUAUUUCUAAUGACGUACUCGGAGGAGAAUGAGAACGACAAUAAUUAUUACGAACAUCAUCGGCUACCGCCGCCCUUCCCCUUCCGAUACGAAAGCCCAGCGUGCUCUCGUUCUCUAAGUAUCACAGACGUAACUUACAGUCCAGGCAAUAAUAACGCGAUCGUUAGCAAUUACGAUGAGAACGACUAUGACGAUAUGGAGGAUGAGAAUCCGCGAAAAGGUCUCCUAAAACAGAUAUUUUGCCUUCCAUUAAAUUGAAGCUCGAUUCGAGCUCCCCUUUUUUAAAGGGAUAAGAUUGCCUCCGAUUCGAUUACUCGAUACGCACUUUUGUAGAAACAGCUCGAGACCUACAAUAUCGUCGGACGUAAACGUCCCGUGUAGUUACAUAGUAUUAAAAUACGGAAAAUAUUUAAUUCAAUCUAAAUAUAUAUAUAUAUAUACAUAUAUCUAUCGUUACGUUAACUGUUCUCUUUUACAUAUGGUGCUGCGAAUAGACAUGUUAAUGGGUAACGUUACUUUCCGCAGUCUUUAGUCUUUCCGCGAGCUAAAGGUGAAAACGUACCUGAGUGCUUUGAUCGAUCUUUUAGGUACUUUUACAGUACCGUUUCUUUUGCGCAGCGGAUUGAUAUUUCCAAAGUAUUACGUGAUCAAUCAUUCCUUUCGCUAUAUAAUUAAAAAAAAAAGAUCAGACACAUAUUUUAACUGUACGAUCAUUCCGAACAAUAUUAUGAGUUGUAGAUUAGUUACAUUGUGAAAGAGUUAUACCAAACGUAGUAAUAGCCUUUUCUCCUUUUCGUUCAACUGCUUUUACAUGUACACUUUCACUGAAAGUGCGAACUCGCGAACAAAAGAUAACGCAGGUAGAUAACUACGUCGAGACGUUGCUUUUAUACGGACAUUCCUAUUAACUCGAUUUAAUCGAUAGUCGUUACACUGGUCACUUUAUGGAUCGAAGGACCAUCGCGUAUCGUAGCAACAGUUGUGAAUUCCAAGCAUUUCUUUUCUCAUUGAGAAAUUGUACUUGCUGUUAGAAUAGAAGGAUAAUAUGCAGUAACAAUAAUUUUCUAUGGAAACGUGGUUUUUUACUUGUAGGAACGUAUUCUGGGAAUAUUUUUUACUCCGCAACAGUUAGUUGUAUUUACACGUUUAUCCGAUAGUGUGCUCCUCGUCCAAGCGUGAGAGAGUAUACCGAUUCCUAUAGCGUGAUUAGGACAAUUUUUAUAGUUUUUCAAAGUAAUAUCGAGCAAACGUACAACUGGACAGUUGGAGUACUGAAGACUAGCUUAACCUUUUUAUUGUUAAACAUAGAGAUCAUCGUGCACAGUAUUCCCUGGAUAUUUAUAAAUUCUCAUGAAUAAGACGCGCAAUGCCCGCUCUAACUUCAUUCUAAACUAAUCGCAGACAAAUUUCGAAGCGUAUUACGCCACAAGUAUUAACCGUAGAAGUAUUGCCUGAGAGCCGCGUGGGACAUUUUGCUAGAUUAAUAUACGACCCGUAAAGUUAACGAGUAUGAGAAUUGUGCGAUAAAACGUUUUACGUUACGACGAAACGCGGACGUUCGCGAAAUUAAAUUAUACGUAGACGAGAGUACAUUUGUAUGUAUUAGAAUUACUGCGCGUGGUUUUUGUUCUAGUGAUUAUAACGACGACUAUUAAAAAGAGGUUGAAAGAGAAAGACUUUUCGCAGAGUGCGACAGUUGCAAAGAUCGAUGUGGAAUGUAUUAUAAAUGUGAAAAGUAUUUAAUGUAAGGAUGUCACGCGAAAAAGUAUUAACGAGACGAAAGGUAUAUACCAAAUUCACAUCACGUAAAAGAGAGAGAGAGAGAGAGAUGUAAUUAAAUCUCGUAGUUCUCUGUGGAUUCUCUCGAGCGUAUGCAAGUACGAUAAAGUGUGGAUAACUUAGUUUCGACAUUAGAGCUAUCUUUAAAAAAAAUACAAUCAAUGUUACACGAUACUCUGCCCGGCGUAUUUGCGGUAACGUUAGAGAGGGAAGUAUCGUGUAACCUGCGUUGGAGAGAAUAUGGUGCCAACACUCAACAUCUCAAUCGAAUCGAACGGUACGAGUAUAUUACGCGUUGCAGAACUUACGUGAUUUCUUUUUUAAGCGACGAACCACACUGUUUUAUCUUUGGGUUCGUUAUCUUUUUCCGUAAGAACGUGUGGUAUGCAUAGAGAACUUCAUACAUGAAUUCCUAUUGUAACAUAGCGAAUGAAUUGAAUACGUGUUACCCGCUGUAAACUUAAUUGUUGCAAAGGCUGCUAUUAUUUUAUAUAAACUAUGGCGAUCCGCUAUUUUUUUAUAGGGACGAGUCGGACGACGAACGCAGGGGAGAUAACUAUAAAAGUAUUCUAAAUGAGGAGAUCCUUAACGCUGAUCGAACAGUAUAUUACAGUAUAUGGUAUGGUAAUAAUAUAUUCACAUAAUUAUGAUAUAGAUAUAUAUUCACAUACUGUUGAUUUUCGGCACCAUAUACUGCAGUUAAUUAUUUAAGAGACGCUUAAGUAUUGUUAAAUCUAUAUAUCUUCUGGCGCAAAUAUUGUCUUUCCAUGAACGGAGCACACAGUAUUUCUCGCAACAAUCGAUAUUGUUAGACAACGGAAGGAUAUAGAAAAACGCAAGUGGUGUUGUAUCACCUGUGGUCAAUUGAUUGCGCGUCCUACCGAGCUCCGUUAACAAGUUUAAUAUGCGGCACAGUGAUGCAGAAUCGCGUGGAAUAUAUUCCAUACUUUAUAUCGUAUUUUAUAUUCAUUUUAAAGGACCAUACAGAGCGAGUCCUAGGGAAGAGUACCGAGACUUGCAUUGUUUAGACUUAAUCAGCAUUGAUCAUGAAACUUUUCACGUAUUUGUACGCUUCUGUUGUAGGAAUUUAUGAAAUGUUAUAUAUAGCUAUUUAUAUUUCGGAUAGCCGAGGAUCCCGGAUACUUAAACGAACGAAAAGAUACGUAUUCCGUGAAAAGAUAUACGCGCAUUAUACAUAUACAUUUAAGUUAGAGCUACUUAAUUGAAUUGGAUACAAUAUGUCGUCGAGAGAGAAAUUAUGCGGAUUUUUUUUUACACGUCCGAGCCUCGGGUAUCCCAAGUACGUUCCGAAAGUACGGGAAGGGAUUAGAUCCACGCGAGUAGAUAUUGUAUGAAAUAUUUUAGGGGAGUAGUGUAAGAGUCAAUCAUUUUCAUACUUCCUGGUAUGUACGAUCUUUUUAUAGAUCAUGCGCGUGCAUGAAAGGAAGAGGAAGGAAUCAGGCGUUUUGCGAGGUAGAAUUUAUUGCUGAUUAAUAUCAGAUUUGUUUGGUGUUAUAUAUUUUUUCAAAUAAUCUGAUUUUUACAGACAUUUUCAAGGAAUUGAGUCAUGCUUAACAUUUUGUUCUUUGACGUUCAUCAGUUCAAAUGCCGGAUUUGAAUGUACACACAUCGGAGUUCUAAGAUAAUAUAACAUUUCUGUAGUAUCGCAUAGCGUGAUUUUCGGAUUCUCAUUCUAAUUUUUAUUUGAUACAAUUUUACAAUUUCUGAUUAUGCGAUUUAACGUAAAGAUGACAAGUUCUCUUGUUCUCUUGAUUAUUCUCUUAGAACGUCCUGCUAUGCGCACUCGACGUGUAAAUAUAAAUAUAUUUAUGCAUGUACAUAGUGUCAAAAAAUACAGGUACACGUACUGAUAUAAUAUAACAGAAAAGUUUAUGAGAAAAUAUAUACAUAUGUCGGAGCUGUAGGUAUUUGUAAUAUAUUAAUUGACUAUGAAAAAAAACUGAUAGUGACAGUAUAGUACAAUAAUUUCGAACACGCAUCACUCCUAAUGCUCAGUCUAUCGUAUGAUUAUGCGAAUUUAUAUAGUGAACGUAAUCUAUACGACCUCGUCUUUUUUCUAAUAAAUCUUCCAGAUUCACGUUUCUUACUUUACGUACUUUGCUCCGGAUUAACCAAUUCACAUUUGAUGGCAAUACACAUGUUCUAUAUUUAUAUUGCAAAAGGUAUUACAAUAUUACUUGAUCAUAUUUUGUGGACGUAACUCCAUUGAAGGAAAUAUUUUAACGUAUAAUAUACACAUAUAUUUAUCUUCACUGAGGAAGACAUUAAAAUUCUAACACAAUUCUAACGUAUCAUUUCUACUUGCAGCAACUUGUAACUCGGCGAUAUUGAGACUGUUUUUAUUUCAAUGUUGGAAGAAAAACGAUACAGUAAGAUGAUUAUUAUAAUUAAAAUUAUAGAUAGAUAUAUAAAAUAUUUAUAGAUAAAAUUGACGAGUGGUUGCAUUUAAUUGUUAUAGAGUACAAGAUAUCAAAAAGCAGAAGGGACGCUUAUACUUUAGGAUUUGUUACACUAAAUGAGAAUAUAAAUUAACAAGGUGCAUUCUGUCCUCGCAGGCAGGCCAGGAGAAAGGUCUCGGUGAGCGACAUUAAUUGUGUCUCGUGUCGCAGAAUUAACGAGAAUCGAUUGUACGCGUGCCUUCCCUCGUCCACGACGACAAAGUGCCGCGCGUAUGUUAUCGACGUACUAAUCGAUGGCCUCAUAAUUAUUACUGAAUAAUUGCCGAGUAUAUUUAAAAUUGUAUACGUUAUUAUACAUAUAUAUUGCCGUUGAUAGUAUUUUUAUAAGGCUUGACUUGCGUUUUCCGGACGGGAAUUAUAUUGCUUCUCAAAUGCAUUCUGUAUGCAUCAUGCAGACGCAUGACGGGCUACCUCCCCACGACUGUAGCCACGAUUGUAUCCCCGUGGACCCACGCGGAUAUACGUGAUUCUGUUCCUUUCAAGUGUUACGAAUAAAACAAUCCCUACGUGCAAAGGAAUUAAUCAGUUACCUUUCAGCUCCACCACAAACGCGACUUUGCUUCGCUUGCCUCUCGCGCAUUAGUAUCAUUUUUUUAAAAUCAAAACUAUUUACUCUUCGUUUUUUUAACGCGAUAUCUUUUUGCUUUUGCUUUCUACAUGUCAAUGAUUCACAUUUCUAUUUCACUCUAAAACAGCAAUGCACUACAAGAACGAUAUCUAAGAGAAUUUAUUAUAGCAAGAUAGAAGAUGCUCUAAAAACAGUGUUAAAUUUGAGAUUGCAAAAUAUCGUUUUUUCCCUGCUUUACACGAGUGUAAUCUACAUCUGUUUUUCAAUAAAGAAUCGAUAUCGCGUGGUGGUGGAGAAAAGAGGUGCACGCUAGUUUCAAUUCUAUUGAUAAGUAGUCUUGACGUUUGCAAACUUCUAUAUCACGAAAUUAUCUCGUUAAAGUAAAAAUGUCAAAUUAUAAUUGUUGUAAUACUUGAGGCGACACGGCCUCAGAGGAAUUGUAUUACCGAACCGGACGACGAUUACUCGAUUAUGUCGAUACGUUUUAUAGUUAUAUUAUGAUAAUGUUAUCGGAGAUUUCUGUGUUUUCGAAUUUUAUAGAAACUAAAUUGUAAUCAAGUGUGUUUUUAUUGCGAAAGGUAGAUAUCGUUUUAGGUGAACCUCGAGUGGCCAACACAUGAGCUCAAGUAUCGAUUAUGGUUUGUGGCGCAAUUUUUCAUCGGCAUACAAUUAUGCAGGCGUAACGAAGCGCGUGCAUCGACGCGAUGAAGUCCUGUUUAUUCGCCUGUUGUGAUAAAUGGCGCUUCGCCGCGAUCGAGGGCGAUUCAUAAAUUUUCAUGCGAAUCACGCGGGAAGCUUCCCGAUCUAUCCAUCCGAUCUAUUCUAACAUAAACUAAUACAUAUCAUGCGACAUACAACUAUGUACAUUAUUAUUACAUCUACAUUAUACAGGGCUAGUUCUGCGAGCGAUUUCGAGGCGUGAUUGAAUCACUUUUUAUUCCGGCCGAAAUAUCGUGGAACUGAAAAAGGGGCAGAUUGAAGCACAUUUUCAAUUUCGAUUAAAUUAAAGUUUUAUUUACAUUUAUUUGCACAAGAUAUCAAGGCGAUCCUAGUCAUACAAAGUUAUCAUCUUGUAUUUGAAGCUCGCGAACUGGCUCGCUCAUAUUCCCGCAUGGGUAACUUUAAGAAAUUAUAAACGAUUAGAGUGUAAGUUAGCAUAGGCUACGGAUAAUUAAUUACGCGUGUACAUUGAAAUAAAUCAGGAUCGAUCGCUUAAAGCAUCAACCGUGAGAAGCGAAAAUUUUGUUCCCAGAUAGACUCGCUACGCUUUGGUAGGGCAAUUUUCGAAGCGGGCGAUCUUCCGGGCGAUGCUCAAGUGCGAUUAGAGGGGAAGGAGUACAAGUGUGUAAUUAUACCGACGGCUGGAUGCGAUCGCGAUGAAUUGCAAUCGCGAAUGUAGUUUCUUACGCAGUGACCGCAAAUUGAUUACGAUGGAGUUUGUAUAAAUGUACAUAGAACGACAUUAUAUUCGAGAUGAGAGAUAAGCGAAGUUACUUCACGUUAGUGACGCAGUGAACUUGAUGCGACGCUGCGUUCCUGACGCAGCCGGAGUGAAAUUAAAUAACUACAGACUAUAUAUGUAAACGCAACGUAUUAUAUGAUGAUGAUACUAAUAAUAUAACAACAAUAAAUUAGAUCGAUUCAUUA